AUGUCCACACCAGAACAAGCAGUUAGAAGUUUACUCAGAAGCAUAUACCUUUCCAAUGAACCAGUACCUUUGGAAAGUAUAAUGGCGUUGCAAGAGCUUCUGGGCUCCGACCUCCAAUUCGAUCAGAACGGCAAAGACAAAGGAAUGUCAGAAUACUAUAUCGAUUCAUUACCCAGAGUGCCCAAAAAUAAGCUUAAAACCGAAGAUACUUGUGCCAUAUGCCAGUGUAACUUCCUCGAAGACCCAUACCCACUCGUUGCGAAACUGCCACACUGCAAUCAUACGUUUGAUUUAGAGUGUCUUUCCGUUUGGCUGCAGAGUAACCAUACAUGCCCCAUGUGCAGGGACGAUUUGACGUCUAAACAUCUCGAUAUAGACACCUCCCAAUGCGAACUGGAAGAAGAUUUCAACAUGUAUGGAUGA